AUUUUUUCCCUCCCGGUUAGAAAUUCAAAAUCAAAAAUCCAAAAGGACUCUCAAAUACAGUGACUCCUCACCCCACCAAUAAUAAUUUUGCCUAUCUCUUUAAAUCUCUGAAUUCAACUGAUACCUUAGCUAGGGUUUUCACUUUCAUGGCGUCUUUAUCAAUCAAUUGAUCGGUAAUCUAAUUGAAGGAUGAGAUAUAUCACCUGAGAAAAUAUGUUAUGGUCUAGGUUACCUUCCGAAGAAAGUGACCACACGAAUAAUCGGGAUAUCUUUGGAGUGUUUAGGGUGCUGGUUGUCGCCGCCAUGGGAUGUCUCUUUGGCUGUUUCCGUAUCAAUGAUGGCUCUCUUUCUCCGGAUUCCAAAUCUCAUCUCGUCUCUCAGUCUAUACCUCCUAAGGAACCAGUGGUGUCUCGUAAUAGGAGUCCAUUAUCUUCACUUUUCAGUUCUGAAGAAAAAGGGGAGGAUGAUGAUUUGCACAAAACUGAAAAGGCUAAUCAAGAUGCAGGAACACCUAAGUCUGAGCUACACACGAAAGAGCUCAGGGAUCAGGCCAAGUUUCUUAAAGCAUGUGGAACUUUACCUGAGACUCCAGCUGAAAUUCGAAAAGGCUUGGCUAAAUUCGAAGAUCUAUCAGCUUCAACAAGAAGUGUUGAACCCUUAAAAUUCAAGUCUUGGCUCUCUGAUAUGGCUGUUGAAAAGCUCAACCUGGAUUUGCUACCUGAUCACCCUAUUACACCUAUUAAAAGCAAUGGAUUGGAAAAACAAUCUGGUUCCUUGGCUCAUACAUUUAGCAGUUGCAUGACGGAUGGACAAAAUGGUCAAAGUUUACCAAAGAACUCUAUUCAUGGUAGUGGAUCUUCUAACACUCCGACAUCCAUUGAGUUUAAUGCUAAUCAGGCUCAUAGAGAUGCGGCUUCAGUGGUUUCACCAAUCUUUGCUCCCAGUGCCCAGUACAUGAAUAAAAUUGUUCGUUUUGAUUGUGAAUCUGAUCUGUCUGCAGUCUCACCCAAAAGUACUGCAUCUGCACUUGACAGUGAAAACUCAAAACAGGCUGAGUUUUCUGGCAACUACUAUGCAUCGAAGAAUUCUCCCUACCCAACCCCACUAAAAUUAAGUGAUGAAAUGCAAACACCAGGAACUGUUUAUCCAACAUAUUUAGACAACAUAGCAAAUGGAAAAGCUGCUCGGAUCAGGUCUCAGUAUGUUUAUCCAGUUUUAAACCCUGUGGAUAGAGCAUCGCAGUUGAAGGAGUUGUCUGAUGAAGAUUCCUACUCCAUUGAAAAUUCUAAUUCCCUAUUAUGGUCCAGUAACAUGACAGAAUCUGGUGAAAGGCCAAAUGAAGCAAGCUUUUCGUCAGAACUAGGAAUGUCUGAAUUAAGAAAAGCUUCAGCUGAUAAAGAUUUAAAGGUAGAAGCAAGCUUGUCUUCUUGGCUGAAGCCAUCUACAGUCAACCAAGAUGAGGGUAAGCAGCACACUAGUGCUGUUUACGGUAACAAUGUUCAUUAUGGCAGAACUCCUGGAGAUAGGCCUAUACUUGGAUUGGUUGCUGCUCACUGGAAAGAUGACGAAGAUUCUCGUAUAUCUCCUAAAUGGUGGGAUGGAAAUGGGAUUCCCAAUUCAACAAACAAGUAUAAGGAGGAUCAGAAAGUAAGCUGGCAUGCAACACCAUUUGAAGAGAGACUGGAGAAGGCAUUAUCACAAGAAUCUUCCAUUCCACAAAGUAAGCAACUCAGUGGGACAACACCAUUUGCCUUUAAUGACAUGGAGGAAACUGAUACUGCUAUCUCUCAACUGCACUAAUAAUCUCAGCUAAAACUCAUUUUCCAUCCAUCAAUUAGCACAGAUUCAAAGUUUACCCUGGAAUUUUGUUUCGUUUUAGCUGAGAUGUUGCUCAAUCUCAGAUGUAAGCCAGACGUUCAAGUGUGCGCGCUUCAUUUCUGAUGAAGUUCUCGAGAUAAAUCGCGGAUUUCUGAGUGUAGCAAUAGUCUCAUUGAUAUAGUUGUAUUUUUGGUCAUAAAAACUGAACUAGGUGGCAUUUUAAAACUGAAAAACUCGCACUUAAAAUGAGUGCAAUAUGUUUGAGCAUCUGUCUGGCAAAUGGCAAUGCAUUAAGUAUAAACAAAUUUGCUCCA